UUGUUCAUCAAUAAAUUCAUCGUCUCGUCAAUGCUAUCCGCCAUCGAUAAAUUCUAUGGUGUCGUCGGAAAUGAACAAUUUCAGUUCCCAUCAGCAGCAUCAUCAUUCGUGGAAUUAUAAUCAUUUACAACAAUAUCUCGGAACUUUUUAAUAUCACACGAUCAAGCAGUGCUGUGCCAUACAAAUACAGCUGCGCUGUAUAAAGACACACGUUCUUCCUCUAAAGUUUUCUUUGCUGGCCUACCUUGGGAUACAGUCGACUGGAUGCUGGUUGCAGAUUUCAGGCAAUUCGGUUCAAUUCGCAUUGAGUGGCCCGAAAAGAAUCAAUCAUCAACCAACGCAGAAAGAAUUCUUUCGCACUAUUAUUAAAUCCGAAAAAACAGGUAAUUGGCGAUUUCCAUUAUCACCAGGCGUUAGUGAAAUCUGCUUCUCCCCUAUCUCUUCUUCAUCAACCAGCAUUAAUGAAAUUGACGAACAAUUUCAUUCAGGUGAACUGAAUUUUCAUUCGGAACCUAAUCACAAGACUCGUUUUCAACAAUUCUAGCCGAAAGCAGAAAAGCCACUGUUUAUCGCCACCGUUUAUCGCCACCGUUUAUCGCCACCGUUUCUCGCAACCGUUUUUCUCUCAAGGAUUGUUUUAAAACAUUCUGGGGUCAUAUUAAUUUCUUUCAACCGUAUACGAUCGCCACCGUUUCUCGCAACCGUUUCUCGCCAUCCUUUGUCGCCACCGUAUCUCGCCACCGUAUCUCGCCAUCCUUUCUCGCCAUCGUUUCUCGCUACCGUUUUUCUCUCAAGGAUUGUUUUAAAACAUAAUGUCGGACAAAAAAGCUCCAGCCAGAUUCCGAGGACGAGGCUUUUCCAAAUUUAGAGCCGAGUCAUCGGAACGUCGUCCAGGGGAUGUUCAUCAGUCGGGGGAAGAGGAGGUGAGUCCUGAAGUAGUGACGGAGGCCAGCGAGGACUUGAUCCAGUGGGAAAAUGUCCCACAUCAACCACCAACCACAACACCAUUUCGGCACCAUCGCAGCAUGGCAGCUGUUGCUGGUCGAGGCCUGGCUCGACGUCCAAUAUCGCCGGCUAGAAGAUUGGGAGAGAACGAGCUGGAGUGGGAGAAUAGAUUAGCAGUAGAGGAAUUGGAGAAGUAUUUACAAGAACAAGAGCCAACGACAUCGAGGGAAAGAGAACGAUUGCGGGAUGAGCAAGUGAAGGCUAUACGCGAUAUUCGCACCAAUAUUUUGUUUCCGGAUAAUUAUGUGAGCAAAAAUAGAACACCUUCACCUGAGCGACCCCACACUCCACCAGGACUUCCCAAUCGUGAUCCAAAUGUGGCGUUAGAAUUGGCGAGCUUGAUGUUAAAUGCAGAUAAAAAGCAAAAAAAUUCCAACGUUAAACUACCGAUUAUAACAAGAGGAGUGAUGUUUGGAGACUUAAAACGAAUUCCAACCGACCCUCGUGUUGAUCCCCCCCCAAACUCUUGUAUUAGUUGUUGGGAGAAGGGACACGAGCGGAGCAAGUGCCCAAAUCCAUACAAAGGCUAUUGCCGAAAUUGCGGUAGGCGAGGCGUCACUCUUACAACCUGCCCUCGUUGUUCAGAAAUACAUAUUGCCAAAAUGUUGAAAAAAUUCGGUAAGCGCAAUUACGAACUAUUUAGAGAUGGUCGGAUGAAAAAGGUGCAAAAGAAGAGGUCGCUAUCAAUCCAUGCGGAGGCCACCACAUCUACAGCCAGCGUUCCUACAGCCAGCGUUCCUACAGCCAGCGUUCCUACAGCCAGCAUUCCUACAGCCAGCGUUCCUACAGCCAGCGUUCCUACAGCCAGCGUUCCUACAGCCAGCAUUCCUACAGCCAGCGUUCCUACAGCCAGCGUUCCUACAGCCAGCGUUCCUACAGCCAGCAUUCCUACAGCCAGCGUUCCUACAGCCAGCAUUCCUACAGCCAGCGUUCCUACAGCCAGCGUUCCUACAGUUGAAGUCCAAAUGGAAGGAGCCAUUGGUGGAGUUGUACCAUCUCUACCUUCGAGCAUGGAUGCGGCUGAUCGCCUUGUAGAUCAGACGAGAGAACUGGCCCAAGCAUUACGCGGUUUACCGGAUGAGGUAAUCAUGAUGGCCAUGCGUGAGUUCUUCGAGGCAAGACGUCGUUCAAACCAGUGAUAUUCGGGAGGUACAAGUGGAUUGUUGACUCAGAGUGAUCGUUUAAUUAAAUUUAUAAUUAAAUUAUAAAAGUUUUAAUUUCAAAGUAUAUGAGAAAAACAAUAGUAUUUUAAAAUUGUUUGACAAGCAAAGAACAAGAAUAAAACAAUUCUAGACUUUAAGGAAAAUUGUAACUUUACAGUUAUGUUUUUUCAAUAGUUACGUAACAUUAUCAAAGUUUAAAAGAAACGAACAAAUAUUUAAGUGAUUUAGAAAAAAAUAUCUUUAAUCUACAGUAAAAGUUUUAAACAAUUUUUUCCAAUGGAAUAAAAAAUCUUAAUUCUGUUUUACAUUUUUCAUAUAAUAUUUAAAUAGGCUGCGGCUAAUUUAAUUAUCUGAAAAAAAUAAUAAAUCAUUAGGAAUUCUAAAUAAUAGCAGUAUUUUUAAGGAUAUCAAAGUGAAACAAAAAAACGAAUCGAAACGUUGCUUCGCAAUACAUUUGGUGUUUAAAUAACGCUCUAUGUGUGUUUAAUUAAUACGCAAUUUUAUUGAGUUUUGAAAUUGCAGACACUGAAAUUUGCAGGAAUAUUGGAAAUUUUGAGAAAAUGGCAAUACUGCUGCAAGUUUCGGUGCAAUAUUUUCCAGACUAUUGAAUUUAUGCAAUUACUUUAAUAUUAUGAUUAAAUGUAUAAAAAGAAAUUAUAAAUUUAAAAAUAAACUAACUGCGUUAAACGUUGUCAUAGACAGAAAAACGACUUUUCCAGCGGUGACUCCGAUUGGAAAUUGACAAACUUGAAUGAAAAAUGAAAAUUCCAAAGAAAUAUUUCUUGGCAGUUUAUGCCAUUCUAUCAUAUAUCCAGUAUUUCCAACUUUUUCCGCCUAUGUUAAAAAAAAUUAUAUAUGUUUAGUGAUUAGUUAAAAUUUUCACUUUAAACUUACUAUUUUAAUGAGUGUUAUGUUUCCUUGAAUUGUAAGAAGCUUUCCAAAAUAUGCAUAUAUAAAAAUAAACAUU